AUGCCUCAGCUGAGCCUGUCCUGGCUGGGACUGGGGCUGGAGGCAGCCUCCCCUUGGCUGCUCCUGCUCCUGGUUGGGGCCUCCUGGCUCCUGGCUCGUGUCCUGACCCAGAUCUACGCCUGCUGUGAAAACUCUCGUCGCCUGCAAUGUUUCCCUCAGCCCCCCAAACGGAACUGGUUCUUGGGUCACCUGGACAUGAUCCCUCCCACAGAGCAGGGCAUGAAGAAAGUGACUCAGCUGGUGACCACCUAUCCCAAGUGCUUUAUGAUAUGGAUGGGUCCCAUUAUCCCUGUCAUCACCUUGUGCCACCCUGACACCAUCCGACCUAUCCUCAGUGCUUCAGUUGCUGUGGCACCCAAGGACAUGAUGUUCUACAGCUUCUUGAAACCCUGGCUGGGAGAUGGGCUCUUGCUGAGCACCAGUGACAAGUGGAGCUGUCACCGUCGCUUGCUGACACCAGCCUUCCACUUCAACAUCUUGAAGCCCUAUGUGAAGAUUUUCAACGACAGCACAAAUGUCAUGCAUGCCAAGUGGCAGCGUCUGAUCUCAGAGGGCAAAAACCGUCUGGACAUGUUUGAACAUAUCAGCCUCAUGACCUUGGACAGUCUCCAGAAAUGCAUCUUCGGCUUCGAAAGUAACUGUCAGGAGAAGCCCAGUGAAUACAUUGCCACCAUCUUGGAUCUCAGUGCCCUAGUGACAAGAAGGGGCCACAACUUGCUUAUGUAUAUGGACUUCCUGUACCACCUCACCCCUGAUGGGCAGCACUUCCGCAAAGCCUGUCGCCUGGUGCAUGACUUCACAGGCGCUGUCAUCCAGGAGCGACGCCAAACUCUCCCAGAUCAGGAUGUUGAUGACUUCCUCCUGGCCAAGGCCAAGUCCAAGACAUUGGACUUCAUUGAUGUGCUGCUACUGACCAAGGAUGAAGAUGGGAAGAUGCUGUCAGAUGAGGACAUACGAGCAGAGGCUGACACCUUCAUGUUUGAGGGCCAUGACACCACAGCCAGUGGUCUCUCCUGGGUCCUAUACAACCUGGCAAAACACCCAGAAUACCAGGAGCGCUGCCGACAGGAGGUGAGGGAGCUCCUGAGGGACCGGGACCCUAAAGACAUUGAAUGCCUGUGCUUUUCUCCUUUGAUAAUUGUUAAGGUGCUGGAUUUCCUUAGGGACGACCUGGCCCAGUUGCCAUUCCUGACCAUGUGCAUCAAGGAGAGUCUGCGCCUGCAUCCACCGGUUGUAUUCAUCACCCGCCGCUGCACACAGGACGUGAUGCUCCCAGAUGGCGCGGUCAUCCCCAAAGGUGUUACCUGUGCCAUCAGUAUUUUUGGGACCCAUCACAACCCAGCAGUGUGGCCAGAUCCUGAGGUCUAUGACCCCUUCCGCUUUGACCCAGAAAACAUCAAGGACAGGUCACCUUUGGCUUUUAUUCCCUUCUCGGCGGGGCCCAGGAACUGCAUCGGACAGACGUUCGCCAUGAGCGAGAUGAAGGUGGCGCUGGCGCUGACGCUGCUGCGCUUCCGCGUGCUGCCCGACCACGCGGAGCCGCGCAGGAAGCCUGAGCUGAUCCUGCGCGCAGAGGGCGGGCUGUGGCUGCGGGUGGAGCCGCUGCGCGCGGGCGCUCGGUGACCACAGCCUGCGGGACCCGACCGU